GAACAAACCGACACACAAACCGAGUGGAAAAUGUGAACGGAAGAUUCGCGCACGGGAAUAACGACAGAACACCGCCGCGAGAUAGUUUCGGUUUGGAGGAGACAUGAAAUCUGCGCGCACGGAGGCGCCGGAGGGUGUUUCAUCAGCCCAUUAGAGCCUCACUAUGAGAGAUGUGGAUGGAUGUGAUGCAGAGCUGGCCCUGUAGAGUGCUGGACUCCUCCUCAUGGUGAACGGGUGUCUGUGCAGACGCCCUCUGAGGGUUUGAGCAUGCCCAGAAACGUCUGACCAUCGGUUUGAGCAUCAAAAUCGACUCGGAUCAUGGCUCAGACCAGCCUUCUGCAGGGCAAGCGCUUCUACUGCCGCGAGUGGGUUUUCCACAAGAUCCAGCACUGCGUUCAGGAGAAAACCAGCAGUCUGAGCGCUCCGGGAGCCCAGGAGCCGCUCCAGCCUACUGCUGGGCCUCCGUCUGUGGCUGGGAAGAGCAGCUCGUGGGGCGUCCUGCUGGUCGGCGGUCCUGGAAGUGGGAAAACGGCUCUGUGUUCGGAGUUACUGUGGCCCAGCUCUGCUCAUGGGCUCCACCGCGGCCUGCACCAGCACUGCCUGGCCUUCCACUUCUGCCGGGCUGAGGAUGCUGAAACGCUGUGCGUCAGUGGGUUCGUUCGGGGUCUGGUGACCCAGAUCUGCCAGUCUGGACUCGUCCCGGAUUACAAGGAGAAACUGAGAGAGCCGGCGAUCCAGAGUGCACUGCAACCGGGAGAGUGUGAGAGAAACCCCGCCGAGACCUUCAAGAGGUGUGUGCUGCUGCCGCUGCUGAGCUGUAAGGCUCCGUCUCAGGCUGUGUUCCUGCUGCUGGACUCGGUGGACGAGGGGUGUGUGUUCGGGGACCGAGAUCAGACGUCUGCAGGCAUCGCGGAGCUGCUGGCGGAUCAUCAGAAACUCUUCCCUGCGUGGCUCCUGCUCAUCUGCUCCGCUCGCCGGCAGAACAAACACAUCACCAAGCUCUUCACAGGAUUCAGAAAGAUCAGCCUGGAUGACUUACGGAAGGCCUACAUUGUAAAAGAUGUUCAGCAGUACAUCCUCCAUCGGCUAGACCAGGAGGAGGCUCUACGGCAGCACCUGACCAAGGAGACCGCAGAGAUGCUGAACCAGCUCCACAUCAAGAGCAGCGGCUGCUUUCUGUACCUGGAGCGAGUCCUUGAUGGAGUGGUCGAGAACUUCAUCAUGCUGCGGGAAAUUCGGGAUAUCCCCGGGACACUUAACGGACUCUACCUUUGGCUCUGCCAGAGACUGUUUGUCAGAAAGCAAUUUGCCAAAGUCCAGCCGAUCCUAAAUGUAAUUCUGGCUGCAUGCAGGCCGCUGACAGUCAGGGAACUCUACCAUGCAGUCUGGACUAAAAACAUGACUCUGACGAUGGAAGACUUCCAGAAGAAGAUGGACAUACUUUCUAAGCUGCUUAUUGAUGGACUUGGCAGUACUAAGAUCUUAUUUCAUUACAGCUUUGCCGAGUGGCUCCUGGAUGUUAAACACUGCACACAAAAAUACCUUUGCAAUGCAGCAGAAGGACACAGAAUGAUGGCCAUGAGUUACACUUGCAGAGCAAAGCAACUUAAACCCCUGGAAGUGCAAGAGUUCGCCUACCAUCUGAUUAACUCUAACUUGCAGAUCGAGCCCUUUAAUCUCGCCCUUUGGAUGGUGUGGAAUGGCACCCCUGCUAAAGACUCUCUGUCUACUUCUAUCCCAAAAGAACAGGAGGUACUGCAACUACUUGUUAAAGCUGGCGCCCACAUCAGUAAUGAAGAUGACCACGCUUCAUGUGUAGUCCAACAAGCCUUGGAACGAGAGGACUCUAUUCGAACUCUACUAGACAACGGCGCUUCUGUUAAUCAAGCGGACUCCAAUGGGAGAACUCUGUUAGCCAAUGCGGCAUACAGUGGGAAUCUGGAAGUUGUAAACCUCCUAAACUCCAGGAGAGCCAACAUGGAGUUGGUGGACAGCCAUGGACAGACAGCACUUACUCUGGCUGCCAGACAAGGCCACACCAAAGUGGUCAACUGUCUGAUUGGGUGUGAUGCUAACAUCAAUCACACGGACCAUGACGGAUGGACCGCCCUUAGGUCUGCAGCUUGGGGAGGCCACUCGGAAGUCGUGUCUGCACUUCUUUAUGCUGGCGCCAAAGUGGACUGUGCUGAUGCCGACAGUAGGACUGCCUUGAGAGCUGCCGCUUGGGGAGGUCAUGAAGAUAUUGUCCUCAACCUCCUUCAACAUGGAGCUGAAGUCAACAAGGCGGAUAACGAAGGACGGACGGCGCUCAUUGCUGCAGCAUACAUGGGCCACCGAGAAAUUGUUGAGCAUCUUUUGGAUCAUGGAGCCGAAGUAAACCAUGAGGAUGUAGAUGGGAGGACAGCGCUAUCUGUUGCUGCUCUUUGCGUGCCAGCAAGCAAGGGUCAUGGUGCAGUCGUAAGCCUGUUGAUUGACCGUGGAGCAGAAGUAGAUCACUGUGAUAAAGAUUGCAUGACCCCACUUCUGGUGGCAGCCUACGAAGGUCAUGUAGAUGUGGUUGAUCUGCUUCUAGAAGGAGGAGCCGAUGUUGAUCACACUGAUAACAAUGGGAGGACUCCUCUGCUUGCUGCGGCGUCUAUGGGACAUGCUUCUGUUGUCAAUACUCUGCUCUUCUGGGGUGCAGCAGUGGACAGUAUUGACAGCGAGGGCAGGACUGUGUUGAGCAUUGCAUCUGCGCAGGGCAAUGUGGAGGUUGUGAGAACUCUGCUGGACAGAGGGUUGGAUGAGAACCACAGAGAUGAUGCAGGGUGGACGCCACUACACAUGGCUUCUUUUGAGGGACACAGACAAGUAUGUGAUGCUCUCAUUGAACAAGGUUCUCGGUCCACGGAAGUUGACAACGAUGGACGUAUCCCUCUGGUCUUAUCUGCUCAAGAGGGUCAUUAUGACUGUGUGCAUAUAUUGCUGGAGAACAAGUCUUGUAUUGACCAGAGAGGGUAUGAUGGAAGAAAUGCUCUAAGAGUUGCUGCGCUUGAAGGACAUCGAGAUAUUGUGGAGUUGUUGCUGAGCCAUGGGGCCGAUAUUGACUAUAAGGAUGCAGAUGGCCGUCCGACUCUUUACAUCCUGGCACUUGAGAAUCAGCUGGCAAUGGCGGAGUACUUCCUUGAAAAUGGAGCCAAUGUUGAGGCCAGUGAUAUGGAGGGUAGAACAGCUCUGCAUGUGUCCUGUUGGCAAGGCCAUGUAGAGAUGGUCAGGUUGCUGAUCAACUACCAUGCAGAUGUGAACUCGUGUGAUAACGAGAAACGAUCAGCACUUCAGUCCGCAGCUUGGCAGGGUCACAUAAAGAUCGUUCAGACUUUGAUUGACAAUGGCACUGUUGUAGACCACACAUGCAACCAGGGUGCUACAGCUCUGGGUAUCGCUGCUCAGGAGGGCCACAUUGAAGUGGUUCAGAUUCUUCUAGAGCAUGGUGCGGAUCCUAAUCACGCCGAUCAAUUUGGACGCACUGCGAUGAGAGUGGCAGCCAAAGGUGGACACACCGGAAUAAUCAAACUCUUGGAGAAAUACGGGGCUACGAGUCUCAAUGGCUGCAACCCUUCUCCUGUGCACACUAUGGAGCAGCAAACCCCAGUUUCAGUUGCAGGGAAAGUACAGUCACUCACUAUAAAGUCCAGCAGCUCUGGAAGCACUGGAGCUGGAGAUGUGCAUUCUGCAGGUCGAGGACAAUCCAAUGGACCUGUUCAUGCUUUCAGCUCACCAUCAGAGUCUCCAGACUCAACAGUGGACCGGCAGAAGUCCUCCCUAUCUAAUAACUCACUCAAAAGUUCAAAGAACUCUUCAUUGAGAACCACUUCAUCCACUGCAACAGCCCAAACGGUGCCCAUUGAUAGUGUUCAUGCCCUUUCUUUCAUUGAGCAGAUCCAGCAGCAUUCAUUGCCUCGCAGUCGCAGUCGGCAAUCCAUCGUUUCUCCCUCCUCCACAACCAGGUCCAUCGGUACACAACCUGGCUCUCCAACCAGCGAGUUUGACUGGAGCCAGGUGAAGCCGGGUCUAAAGUCCACCAAAGCCACUAAGAAUGGCCAAAACUGCUCGAACAAGGGAACAUCUGGUGAGAAGAAGAAAAACAAGAAUGGUUCUUAUUCCCAAGACCAAGUUCUAGAGUACGAGCUGACUCAGUUUGAUAAAAGACUCAAUAAACCAGUGUCCAACAUUGCAGUGAAAGAUCCUCAGUGUAAGAUCGUGGUGGGCAGAUCCAACGCUCUGGAGUCAGUCCAAUCGCAGGAGCAGUUUUACAUUCAGUCCCAAAGCUGUGCAGAAAAGAAGCGAAACGGCAUUAUGACCAACCCCAACUACUUCCUACAGGGAAACCAGGUGUUUCUUGGAAGAGUUUCUGUUCCCAGGACUGUUGCCAGCAGUGGACAGGACCUACUGGACAGUUACCCAAUAGGGGGAACUGAAUUAAGCCUGAAACAAGCCUUACAGCUCCAGAUUGAAGGAUCGGAUUCUGGGUUGAACUGCAAGAAAGAGACGCCAUUAUAACUGAUGUCUUGAUUCAUCAUUCAGAAACAGACUGUGCCAAAGUCGACGCUUUCAUCCGCAACAGAACUGAAACCAAUUGAAACACUUCACUGUGGAAGAUCUGGAGAAGAAAAGGACAAGGUUGGACUGAAGAUUAUCGCCCAGCAAAUGCAGAUUUGUGCCUGUCGAUGCUCAAGCCUUCUUGUGGUGACCAUGAUGCACACAGAUGCUUUUAAUUUAAUGUAUAAAUAUAUUUAAUUGGCAGUGGAUGCACUUUCUUACUUUUUCUUUUUGAAAAAAACACAAAUCUUAAUUUGUAUUUAGUUUAGAUUUUUUAAAUGCUUAUCAGAGUUUACUUAAAAAAGAAAAGAAAAAAGAUCAUUUUUAAUAUUAUUAUUAUUGUUUUGACCUCUAUAAGUGCAACCGACAGCAAUGUGCCACUGGAGUACGUUGUUUCCUCUGACAAAUAUCGCAAAUUCUCAAUCGUAUUCAAUAUAUCUUUCAUUUUAAGUGUCAAUUAGUCCUCAUUAAAAUAAAAGAACCAGUCUUAGUUUACUCUUCGCACAUAUUUAUUUUGGAGUAAAAGCCUCUUCCAUGUGUGCUGUAUUGCUAACAUCAUGGUGCUAUAUUUUGCCGUUACCUACAAUAAUUUCCAUUAUUAUUAUUUCAUGUCUUAUUCUGGCAUUUUAACUCUAUAUUAUGUUCGUAGCAUUCUUGAUGUCCUUAAAGAAGAGUAACUCUGGCUUUACUGUACUUCAUUUAGUCCCCGUGGGACCUCUUUUGAUUUGUUUAUGUUUGCUUUAUUUACAUGAUUGCAUAUUUAAACAACUGACGUGUAUGGUUAACUACAGAGUUUGGUGCUAAAUGCAGAGUUCUCAGCGAUUUGAAGAAAAUGCAAGCCGUGUGUGUUUGGUGGAAAGCGGCGGGCGAUGUCAGGGAUUUCUGAUGAGAAGGUCAGCUAAAGGUCAUUGUGCUUUUUAACUCAUGCCGAGCAGCAAACUUGGGUUGUCAAAAGUAUCGAGCUCAGAACUGAAUUUUAACAAAUGACAACAUUUCGCUGUAAUGUUCGAGCACGAUCUUAAACACCAUUCAUUGGCCAUUGUGUUCAUGUGAUCAUCAGUUCUUAUCAACACAAAUUUAACCCUUGUGUGCUGUUGGGCUUGUUUUCAUCCUCUCUGGGCUGAUUUUGAGGCCUAAUUUAACCACAACGUUCAGCAAAUGGAGUGAUUUUUGGUGACAUCUUAUCUUAACACAUAUUUGGGGAAAUACUUUACAAGUUUACAGAAAUUCAACCAUACACUCUGGGUAAAUUCACCCCCCUUUGGUUAUGUUGGUGCUGUUUUUGCUCCAUUGACUUCCAUUAUAAGCACAUUUAUUGACUGCAAAGCCAUGACAGCAUAUAAUCAUGCAUUCCUGAUUGUUGCUGGUUUUCCCUGUUGGGAUUAAGAGGAAAUGUUUCAUUUUUACUGUUGAUCAUCAGGUUCAGUGCAAAAAAAGCAUAGUUUUUGCUUUCUAUAUGGAGUAUAGUGUGAGAGAAUGUGAGUGUGUGUGUGUGUGUGUAUGUGUGUGAGAGAGAGACCUUUACACACUUAUCUUGAUACAUCUGAGAAAGUCAAAAUAAGGCCCUGAGUUCUCAGAACAUAGUAAACACAGUAAGUGUGUUUCUGCGCACACACACACACACACACACGCACGCACACACUAUACACUCUCAGAAAUAAAGGUACAAAAUCUGUCACUGGGGUGUGGUAUCUUUUCAAAAGGUAUAUUUUAGUCCUAACCGGUCCUUAAAGGUACAAAAUACCUAAAAAAUAUAGAUGUGUAACUCAUAGUAGACUAAAUGUACAAAAGUGUACCCUGUACAGUACAAAAGGAUUUGUACCCUACUUUUAAGUGUAAUCUGCUGUUUUCGGAACAGAACUCCAUUUAAAAGCUGGAAACUUUUUCUUUAUUUAUUAUUUUAAGCACAUUUCUAUCUAAAGCAGGGGUCACCAAACUUGUUCCUGGAGGUCCGGUGUCCUGCAGAUUUUAGCUCCAACCCUAAUUAAACACACCUGAUCAAGCUAAUCAAGGUCUUACUGGGUAUGCUUGAAACACCCAGGCAGGUGUGUUGAGGCAAGUUGGAGCUAAACCCUGCAGGGACACCGAGAUUGGUGACCCCUGAUCUAAAGGGUUAAUGCUGACAACUGAUGAUCAACAGUAAAAAUAACACAUUUUGCCUCUUAAUCCCAACAGGGAACACCAGCAACAAUCAGGAAUGCAUGAUUAUAUGCUGUCAUGGCUUUACAAUAAUAAAUGUGAUUAUAAUGGAAGUCAAUGGAGCAAAUACAGCACCAACAUAACCAAAGGGGGGUCCAUUUGAACAGCACACAAGGGUUAAAGAGCUCCAGUGUGUUUCUGUGUUUGCACUUGGUGAACAGCGGAGAACUCAUGACCUUCACAGCCAAUCACGGUCAUUUCUGUUGAGUGCCCGAACACAAUGGCCAAUCAGAGGUGUUUAAAAUGUGAGCGCAAAAAUGAGCACUUUUAAAAUUUCAGUACCAAACUCAGUACUUCUGUCAAUCCUACAGCAAACCGCAGUAAUAUUUGGAUUUCAGGAUAGGGUUUUUUUUGUAAUGUAUACUCCUCAAGCCAAAGUUAGAGACACAAAAAAGCCCAGAGUCUUGUGAAGCCGGAUCUGAUGUCUGCGGCGGGAGUGGAGUGUGUUUCAGACAUCUGUUAGCCAUGAAGAGGAGACGCUCAGGAAGGCCAUAUUGGGUAUAAAUGCAUCAGAAACUUGUCCUCUGCAGAGUCACAGAAAGGCACUUUACUCCGCCUGGGACAAGGACAGACAGAUAACCAGCCUUUUAAGAUGAAGAUGAACCCUGGACAGUAUUCAGAAAGUCUCAAGCCAUCUGUUUUACUGGUGUGUGUGUGAGUGUGUGUGUUUAGUUUGUUUCUUCUCUUUUGUUCAGCUGUUCUGGUUCUGAGCCUGGAGUUCAUUUGAAGAGAAGUUUAAUUGUAAAUAACGGACCGUGUACAUUGAAUUUCCUGUAUUAUUUUGAGCGGAGGUUUUUUCCUGACAUAUUAAUGUGCUUAAUAAACAUAUCUGCUUUUCUGCCAAAGCAA